UAAGGUGCGAGCAGCUGCCUCUGCAGUUGGACAGAGGCACCUUGAGAGCUGCGUCUCAUGUCAGGACGGGUCGUCUUCAUGGUGCGGUUUCAUGGAUUGCUCCAUUAGGAUGAAGAAUGUGAAGAUUAUAGAUCUACAACUGUUAUUUUUGUUCGUGCACGCCUGCAUCGCGAAAGCAGACUUUGCUCCUUAUUUCUACGACAAUGGCCCUUACAGUCGUAACGGGAACCUGGCUUUGUUCAGCCUCUCAGAGGACACGGCGGUCGGUACACACAUCUACAGCCUCAACGGCACAGACCCUGAGGGUCAGGAGGUGAGGUACGGCCUGUCCUUCGAGCCCGGCUCCAAAGAAUACUUCAGCAUUGAGCCAAAGUCUGGAAACAUCACUUUAAUAGAAGAGUUGGAUCGAGAGAAAGAAGAUUCUGUUGACGUAUUGGUGAGCAUCACAGAUGGACAAAGCAAGGUGGUGGAAAGAGUCACAAUAUUUGUGAUGGAUGCAAACGAUGAAAAACCAGAAUUUCAAAACAUGCCAGCCAUUAUUGAUGUACUGGAGACAACAGACUCCGGCAGCAGCAUCUACCAGGUCGAAGUCGUGGACAGAGACACCGGUUCUGGAGGAUCCAUCACCUACUAUGUCCAGAAUGCGCAGUCCAGUUUGUUUGGCAUCGACAGACACAGCGGCAUCAUUCGCUUGAAAUCAGACGAGACGCUGGACUUUGAGAAAACCAAGACACAUUUUGUGACGGUGGUCGCUAAGGACGGUGGCGGGAACUACAAUGGAAAGGAGCAGUUUCUGUCGUCCUCCGCCACGUUGACGAUCAACGUGAUCGAUGCUCAAGAUACGCCGCCAUCUUUCAUCGGGACUCCUUACUUUGGCUACAUUUAUGAAGUGUCUGUACCAGGAUCUGAAAUUUUCACCGUCACGGCCAAGGACGGCGACGUGGGGAAUCCGAACCCGAUAGUCUACUCUUUAGACGAGGGUGAUGAUGGUGUUUUCAGCAUCAACAGAACGAGCGGCUGCAUCACACUCCUGACGCUCCCCAUGUAUCUGAAGAGAGAAAUAUUCAACGUCAAAGUGAAAGCGUCGGAGGUGGGUCCUGAAGGCCAGCUCAUGGAUUUCGGACUGGCCACAGUGGUGAUCCGGGUGGUGGAUCUGAACAACAAUCCUCCCACAUUCUACGGCGAGAAAGGCCCUCAAAAUGUCUUUGAGUUGACAUUAAAUGAGCAUCCGCCUGAAGGCGAGAUCCUGCGGGGGCUUAAAAUCACCGUCAACGACUCCGAUCAGGGAGCCAACGCUAAAUUUAACUUGAGACUGAUUGGACCUGGGAGGAUGCUGCGAGUCGUGCCACAGACGGUGCUGAACGAGGCUCAGGUCACGAUCCUGGUGGAAGAUUCCGCAUCGCUGGACUAUGAGAAGCAUCAUUUUCUGACCUAUAAGCUACUUGCCAUCGAGAUCGACACGCCGGAGAGAUUCAGCGCCACCGCAGACAUCGUCAUCCAUCUCAUGGACACCAACGACAACGCUCCCAAAUUCUCCUCAGAUUACUACAUCGCCAGAAUCCCGGAAAAUUCGCCGGGCGGCUCUAAUGUCGUGUCCGUCACGGCAACAGAUCCAGACUCAGGAUCCUGGGGUGAAGUCAAGUUCUCCAUCUAUGGAUCCGGAGCAGACAUGUUUUUGAUCCAGCCAAUGACGGGUAUCAUCUACACCCAACCGUGGGCGAGUCUGGACGCCGAGGUGCGGUCCAAGUACAACUUCUACGUGAAAGCGGAAGACUCAGAGGGCAAGUACAGCCUGGCGGAGGUCUUUGUCACGGUUCUGGACCUGAACGAUCACCCACCUGCGUUCAACGAUAACUUCCUCGAGAAGACCAUGGUGAUCGGAGCGCCGGUGAAAAUAGAGGCCGUGGACGACGACGCGGAAGUACCGAACAACGUCAUUGAGUACGCCAUCAUGAGGGCCGAACCAGAAAACAACAUCUUCGACAUUAACUCUGACACGGGGGAGAUCAUGCUCAAGUCCUACAUCAAGUCCAUGGCCAUCAUCCAGAACAUCACCAAACAGCGGGACUGCACCUGGUCCCUGGUGGUGCAGGCGCGAGACCGAGGGCAUCCGUCCUUCAGCACCACGGCCGUAGUCAAGAUCGACGUUACCGAGGCGACCAAAGUCAAUGGUGGCUCUUUGGGAUCAAUUUUAAUGCAGAAUAGGAAAAGCCCGUUACAAAUCUUAGGCAUACUGGCUGGUUUCAUUAGCGUCACGGUCACUGUCACUGUCAUCAUCUCCACGGCGAUGUUCCUGCGCAACAAAAAAUCCAACAGGAUCAUGCCCAACCGCCGCGUGAGGAGGCGGCAGCGGACACAGAGCUCCUGGAUCUUCCUGAACCCGCUCAGGAGGCUCAAUAAUCCGGAGGAGAAGUUCCGAGUGGAGGAGGAGGAGGAGGAAAAGGCGCCUGCGGCCAGAGUGGAGAACGUCAACUACAACAACAACGCCGCUAACGUUGUGAGGCAGUGGCCCCCGCCGCCGUCCGCCCCGUCCCUGCCCCCACCGCCGCUUCCUCUCCCCUCAGGUGAGCGUAGGUGGGCGGUGCCGACUGUCUCGGCAGAUGUGGACGCCAGACCCAAGCGAAAACUGGUGAACUCCAAACAGGAGACUGUGAACAGAGCGCUUGUUUCAGAGCUGAAGAUGAGACUGGAGAAGAAAGGACUGCAGAAUAACAUGUAGUGGGUGUGUGGGCGUGUGUGAGAGAGAGAGUGCGGCUGUGUGUGUCAAAGGAGAUGCUUUUUAUUUCUCUACUUUAAUAACAGAUCGUUGUCAACUGAUUCCAAUAAAUGUCAAUAAAGUCACUUUCUAACUAAAAUA